AUUUGUGUUGAUGUCAAUGUCAUUGGUGAGUUUUUAUCUGAUGAGUUUAUGUUUUCUUGUGACAUAUGAAAUUAAUACAUUUCUAUUCAGUUUUUUGACAACAUAGAUCUACGUUGAACUGUUGAAUCAAAAAUUGCGAGUACUCGUGUGAUAUGGCGGAUUUAUUAACAGAAACAGUUCUACCUGAAGAUCUGAAAAAAUUCGAAAAAAUAUAUCAUGAUCAACUCUACAAAAAUGAUGUAACUCCAAAAGCUCAGUUUGAUUAUGCAUGGUGUUUGGUGAGGAGUAAAUAUCCUGCUGACAUCCAGAAAGGCAUUGUCUUGUUCGAAGAACUAUAUAGAACUCAUGAGGAAGGUCAAAGGGAUUACAUGUACUAUCUUGCCAUUGGAAAUGCCAGAUUGAAGGAAUAUAAUAAGGCACUGAAUUAUGUCCGUAUGUUCCUGUCAGUAGAACCAGGUAACCAGCAAGUAUUAACUCUACAAGAAAUGAUAAAGAAGAAAAUGGAAAAAGAAGGCAUGUUUGGUAUGGCAGUAGCAGGAGGAGCCAUCUUAGCCGUUGGUGCUAUUGUAGGAGUUGGUAUGGCACUAGCCAGCAAAGGCAAAUCUUAGUUCUAUCCAUUGUCUAGUUUUAUAAUAGUCAGGGGUUAUGAUAUAUCUAUCUGUAAAAUUGCUAACUUCCUAAAAAUUCUUAAUAUAUUAUUCAUGUAGAAUUUAUCUUAUGUAUUUGCUUUAAUUGGAAAUUUGAACCAAAGCACUUCUUUGUGGGUAUUUAAACAGCUCUUGAUGAAGAGGAAAAUUAAUUUAAGGCUUUUUCAACAUAUCGUGAACAUUCUGACUGUGUUUUAAGUUACGUGAUAUUAGUGUUGGUUUAUUGUAAAUACAAAUCAAAUAAAUAUUUAAAUACUCA